AAACAUCGUGAGAAACGCUCACAUCAUAGUUUGCUAUUCUUGGACAUCUUUUUCAUGUCAGUGAUGGCAAAUUGGCGAGUAACCUAAACAGCAAAACAAACUACUGGAAAUGGAAAAUGCUUACUUCACAAAAACAAACUCCCCACACUCAGACAUCCCUAUAAAUCCUGCAUCCAAUCAACACCAAGCCGAAACAACUGCACUAGUCUUUAUAUACUCAUCAAACUAAUCUAAGAAUCCAGCUCCCAUUAAUCCAAACCAUUACAGGAAACAAUGAAAGGUGCCGUCGCAGCACUCAUCGCAAUUCUCGCCCUCAUCUCACUGGUCGCUCAGCAGGGACAGGCUGUAACCUGCGGCCAGGUCGACGCUGCUCUGGUCCCCUGCAUCAGCUACCUCACCGGACGCGGCGGAGACAGCCCAUCUCCGGCUUGCUGUUCCGGUGUCAAAGCCGUGAAAGACAUGGCCCAGACAACGGCCGACAAGAGGGCUUGCUGCAGCUGUGUUAAGGCCGCUGCCAACCGCUACGCCGACUUGAAGGACGCGGCUGCGCAGAGCCUGCCGACCAAGUGCGGCGUUCAGAUGGACAUCCCUGUUUCCCGCACCGUCGACUGUGACAAGAUCAACUAAUAAGACGUAGUGACAAGAAGAGUUAGAGAGAGUGAUGAGGCAUGCAUGCAUGUACGAGAGCUUUGGGGUUUCACCACGUUACUAGUUUUAGUUACGAAUAAAUAUUUAUACAUUGAUCCAUGUACUUCUUGAAUAAUACUGCGAGCUACGUAUUUGUAGCAGUAGAGGAAGUUUCAUCGAGCUUCUUAUAAUUAAUAAAUUUGAUGAGUAUUUAAGAGAAAAUAUAACCUAUUAUUAUUUUUU